UCAUGAAAAGCACCUGUUAGUGUUACGAGAGCUGGGGGUUCUUCUGUAUUUGAAUUGAAUCUGAUUCUCCAGACAAUCUGCAGAAAUUGUAACAAUGGAGGGGACCGUUUUCACCCCUUGUUUGGAAGGAAUGAAACAUGUGAAGUCUGAAAAUGGGGAAAUGCUGACCAAGCCUUUCUUGGAAGUUUGCAAGCUCAUAUUGCCAGUUUUAGAUAAAUUUGGAGCUGCUAUGUCGCUCGUAAAAAAUGAUAUUGGUGGUAAUAUUUCGAGGUUGGAGGCUAAAUAUUUAUCCAAUCCUACAGAAUUCAAUCACUUAUACAGUAUGGUACAAGCUGAGGUACAAACUAAAACGGCAAAAAGUUCAUCCAGCUGUACCAAUGGUCUUCUAUGGUUGACAAGGGCAAUGGAUUUCUUGGUUGCACUGUUUCGCAACUUAAUGGAGCAUCCAGAUUGGACCAUGUCUCAAGCUUGCACUGAUUCUUACAACAAGACCCUGAAGAAAUGGCAUGGCUGGCUUGCCAGUUCAAGUUUCACUGUUGCCAUGAAACUAGCUCCAGAUAGGAAGAAGUUCAUGGAGGUGAUUGGGGGUACAGGUGAUAUCAAUGCUGACAUUGAAAAAUUCUAUUCAACGUUCUCUCCAUUUCUUGAAGAAAAUCACAAGUUCUUGGCUAGUGUUGGCAUGGACAGCCUGAAAGCUUCCUAAUUACCAAGAGAAGCCUGAUGAUAACCGGAUCUAGCUUUUGCGUUUUUGCUUCAUUUAUUUCAUGGAAUCCUGAAAAGUCCUGUAAACCUUAAAGAACAAAACUAAGUAUUGCCACCCUCAAUGCAAUUUUUUCUAUUUAA